AUGGAUCUUCCAACACAAAAUUCAGGCUCCUUCUGCUGCCAAGGACUCUACAAUGCUUGUUCUUUCAAGGGUUGCUGUUUAUUUGCUUUCACCUUCCUGCUGUUCAUAGUCAUAGCCAUUGCAAUAUCUGCAUUGGUGGUUAUCUUCAUUAUCAGGCCUCAAGAGCCAAGAUUCUCGCUUUCAGCAAUAAGGGUGAUUUCGUUUAAGCUCAGAGUUUAUUCUAGCUCAACUCUUUUCAUUUCCUCUGAUGUCUCCUUGACAUUAAAUGCUCAAAAUCACAACAAACUAGGCAUUAAAUAUAGCCCUUCAAAGCUUAGUCUUUACUACCAUGGAGUCCCAAUAGGACUUGUCAAAGUUCCAGGUUUCUACCAACCAGCUCACAGUGACAAUAUUGUAGUUACAGCCCAGAUUUCUCUACGUUGUCUGAAUGUCUCCCAGAUUAUUGGUGAGAGUCUGUUGCAAGAAAAGACAAGAAAGAAGGUUGUUCAAAUGAAAAUAUUAGGUGACAUUAGAGUUCAGCUGCUAUUGUUUCGCCUAGCCUCUCCAAAGAUCAAGAUUGCAUUAGAUUGUGACGUAGACUUGGACUAUACAGAGCUUCCAUUCAAGAAUUAUGAACUCUUCAAUAAUAUGGAUGUCCUUCAAGAUCACCUCGCAACUCUUCCCGGCAACCCUCAGUCCUUCUCCAACAAGUGUAGAUUGGCUUUCUAUUUAUAA